AUGCCUCAAGUCACUUUGCCGGGGAUCCUCGAAAACCUCACGAAGAUUCUGGAGAAAUUGUCCACGUCAUCGGCUUCGGAGACAAUCUCUUCGACCGCUCUGUCGAAUGCCACGUCGUUGGUGGGUACAUUUUCGUAUCAGCCUGACGCGGACAAUACCUUCCCAGAAUGGUACAAUCGGAACAAAGGCAUCCUCGAGGAAUGUGUGGAGAGUCCGACCCUGAGGGCAAAGUCUCUCUUCCGACGGAGGCACGACAUUCUGAACAUCCGUGCGACGUCAGGCACCAAAGCCGAGGAAACUCUCACCCUGGGCAAUCUGAAGGGCGACGAAUUUGAGAUUGGGAACCUGACCUCGGAUCAGUUCAAGAUUUUUCUGGCUCUUCUAAUGGCCUCUGAAGUCGUGAAGCGGUACGUCACCCGUGUCGAAGACGCCGCCAUCGGGCUGGAUGGUGCUCCUCGGGAUUCUUCGACGACGAUCAACCGCAUGCAGCAGUCGUCACACGCCAAGGGUCGUUUCUCUCAUCAGAAUCACGAUCAACAGCUCCCUGUGCUCAAAGCGGAUGGUCGCUCCGUCGAGGUGAAAGGCUUCUUCAUCGCCACGUUGGCUACAAUACCUAGUUCCGGAAAGGAGACGAGCACACGUGUAGAAGAUCGCAUCGUCGUUUUCGCGACCGAAACCGGGGAUCUACUGAAGACGUCUCUCGGUCUCUGCACGAAGACAGAGGUUGAACUCCUUUUGAAGCCGGAUGCGUCUCCCGUUUGCUUGCCAGCUCGUCCUCUGGUGAUGCCGGUCCGAGAACUCGUGGAUCAAGAGCUAGACCGCUUAGUCAACAACGGUACACUCUGUCGCGUCGAUUCUUCGGAUUGGGCCGCACCGAUCGUGGUAGUCCGCAAAGCCAAUGGCCAAAUUCGCAUGUGCGCGGAUUAUUCUACAGGACUAAACGAAGCUCUACAGGACGUUGACUAUCCACUGCCCAAUAUGGAAGAGAUCAUGGCGAAAUUCAGCGGCAACACAGUCUUCACGCAACUGGAUCUAGCCGACGCUUAUCUUCAACUUCCCCUCUGCACUGCCAGCCGGUCCGACAAGGGCAUCCAAGCCGAUCCUUCAAAAAUCGAAGCGAUCCGAAAUCUCCGACAACCGAAAUCUCCAUCAGAUGUGAGAGCUUUCUUGGGACUCCUCAAUUACUACGGGAAAUUUUCUCCUCGAAUGCACGCGAUCAAGGCUCCUUUCGAAGCACUCCUGAAGGAAAAUGUCGUCUUCAAUUGGUCCGAAGUCCACGACGAGGCGUUCAUCAAAGCGAAGGAAAUCCUCACGGGACCUCUCCUUCUCGCACACUACGACCCUCGUCAAACUCUCGUUGUCGCCGCCGACGCUUGUGAUGCUGGUAUCGGUGGUGUGCUUCUCCAGCGCUACUCAGAUGGAAACGAGAAAGCUGUUUUCCACAUCUACAGCCAGAUUGAAAAAGAGGCACUGGCUCUUGUGCUCACCGUUGAGCGACUUCACAAAUUCAUCUGGGGCCGGCGCUUCAUUUUACAGACCGACCACCGCCCCUUGGUGGCCUUGUUCCAGCCGACGAACAUAAAAGGUCUCAGCGAAAGAACCGCCGCGCGCCUAAGGCGCUGGGCUCUCCGGUUGCUCGGAUACGAUUUCCAUAUCGAAUACAUCCGAACCGACGCUUUCGGUCAUGCAGACGCAUUGUCGCGCCUGAUCAGUGAGGCUAGGAGAGAUGGCGGAGAUUCAGUUAUGGGCGAGGUGAUCGGAAGCCUCAAUUGCAACGAAAUGGAAGUCUCGUUCUUGGCUCGCAGUAAUCUCGGUGCAUGGGAUUUAGCCACAGAUUUUCGCAGAGCUUCCCGGCAAGACCCGUUCCUCCGCUCCAUUCUCAGUCGCCUUCAAAACGUAUGGUCUGAUAAAGAUCGCAAAGAUCCGUCUCUCCGCGCAUUCGCACAACAAGCGGAAGGCUUGUGUGUCGUCGACGACAUUCUCUUGCUCGACGACAGAGUUGUCGUUCCGGUAUCCUUGCGAACUGCGGUGCUAUAG